AUGCCCAUGGGUCGAGAAAUGAACGGCUGGGGGAAGUUGCGCUCGGAGAUUGGCUGGCCCGCCGGCGGGGUCUCGCAUCUCUUCAGCUGCAAGGUUACAGCCGUGGUACUCGGCUACUACCUCCUCAGCCUGAUCCUCGACAAGCUGCUGCCUGCACAGGAGGUUUACGGCACGAAGCUGGUCCACCAAUAUGGCCGGCCGCUCAAGUACCGCCUCAACGGUAAGCAACGGCCAGCCCAGCCCCUCGACCCAACCGUCUUCGCCGCCGACCUGAACGUCUUCCGCACCGUGACGGCGGGGCUGUAA